AGCGAGUUCCGCUUCAGAAUACACUUAGAAUGCAGUUAUCAUUUCUUAAAAUAUUUCGAGUGCGGAAAAGCAAAGGUAAAGAUUUCAAUGUCUUGUUUUUUUUUCUGAGUGUGCAGGCUCAAAUUCUGCUAGAGUCGACUCCGAAUGCUGAUAAUCAAUGCUAGAUACUGUGCACACGUAUGAAUCUCUGUUGCAUUUUCUCAACAAGAUCGCAACAGCUGUUACAAGGUUGUCACUCACAACUUGUAGAAUUGCAGGACGAUAACAAGUUGUUCGAAGUAUGUUGAAUCAACAACCUUAUAUUAACAAGUUGUGAACAAACCUUUGACAACUUGUCAACCAGCUGGCGACAAGCAGUGCGAACACAUCCUGAUAACAAGAUAUUUAAACAGCAUUGGAACGUCUGUUAGAAGUUUGUUAAAAACUGUGCUUUCGUAUGUGGGUAACUGUUAUGCUCGGGCGUUCAUUUUGUAUUUUAUAAUAAAUGGUUCUUCCUUACACUAUAUUUCAUUGUGAUUUUUGGUAGGAGCAAAUCGAAAAUGCACAAAAGUGUGUCGGACUUGAACUUUACUUAGAAGGUGAGUGUUUCGAACAUUAUAUCACGUGUUCCGUGUAGAAGACAGUAUACGUUGAUGUUUGAUGCUUUUUAUCGUAGGGGCUCUUGGAAAAAGAACGAAGUUUCAACAAAUUGAUUAUACACAGCUGUUAGCGAAAACAAAGAUAGAUAAUUGUACAGGUAUAUGUUAAAAUGCUUCUUAGUAACGCCACUUCAGGGUAAGGGCCUCCUAAACUGGAACUCGCCCUUCCCUGGGCCCCCAGUACCUUGGGUUCGAUUAAAAUUAAAUGGCAUUACUUCAGUUUAACUGAUUCAUUACCAAGUAUAAAUAAUAAACAGAACAUUGCACAGUCUUUUAAAGAUACGCAUUUUCUGCCUUUGUGUUAUUGUGUGUAGACUCUAAGAGCGAUAUGCCUAUAGAACGUAGCUAUAACAAUUUAUUAUCCAAGCUUCGGGGCCCAUGCUGAUUAAAGGGUACAGAGGCGGUGCCCAAUGAAGUUACGCCACUGUGUUGUUAUAAUAACGGUAGCCUGCGUAGCAGACGUUUAGUGCGUGCGGGAGAAGAAAGGGCUUUACGACGCCCUCUCUUCUCCCGCCCGCACUAAACGCCUGCUACGCAGGAUAUAAUAACGGUGGCCAUUAUUGUAUACUUGAUUUUUUGUAGAAAAUGGAGAAAGUGAAAAACCGGAUUUCGAAACUUUACCGAAGGUAAACGUCAGAGUAGCUGUAUUUUCUGUAUUUUUGAACUGAGGCGAGAAUGGGGCACAUGAAACUCCCACACUCCAUUUGACAUUUACAUUACCAUGGUGAUACAUAUGAGCCAUGCUGCAUGCAGGCUAUAAAACGUAAAGUUGGUGCUAUACGCACGUAAAAACGUACAAAUUGUUACAGGUCUGCUAACAAGUUUUUACAAAUCUGUUCACAAGCUGUUGACAACUUGUGUCCGCACUGCUUGUUCGGUUGUUCCUAGUUGUUGUAACAAGUUUGGAACAAGAUGUUAACAACUUGCAACAAGCUUGACGAUAUUAUCAGACUUGUUUCAAGGUUGUUCUGACAAUUCUGAUACAGUCAUGAUAUAACAAGAACGUUACAAGGUUGACGACACAAGGUUGUAACAAUAUUGUUAUAUCAUGACUGUAUUCUUGGGUUUCACUCAUAGAUAUCUUAUAUACACUAGAUAGCGCAUCUCUUUUAGUAAAAUUGAAGCCAAGAGUAUUCCAGCGGUUACCCCCAUUUGAAUAGAUGGCGGCCAUGUUGGUCGUUCCCACUUGCUAAUUUACGGUUAAAAACAACAAUAACUUUCAUCAUUUGAAUAGUUUAAAAAGUAUUUGGAAUAGGGUUAACUUAAUGUUUACGUUCCCUGUUUAAGAAAUAGAAAACAUACGAAUCUUCUCAUUUCAUGGGAACGACCUGAGACUGCAAUCACGGCUUCAAGUUUUGAAUUGCAGAAUAAUUAGAUGCACUAUCUAGUGUAUAUAAGAUAUCUAUGGUUUCACUACAGCAUUAUGCAGUGAAUCUGACGAGGGGUCAGCCUCAAGUAUAUUGAUGCUUAUGCUGUACUGGAGUGAGAAAAUGAUACGAAAUUCCAUGUAUUGCCACCAAACGCAAGGCUAAUAGAUAAAACGAACAAUCGACUCACUCUGAUAACUGUGUUUUGUUUUAGAGUUGACCCCCCGUCACUUCUGUGACGUCAUAUAAAACCCAAGAAUUAGACUUGUUGGAACAACCUUGCAACAAGUCUGAUAGUAUCAACAAGGUUGUUACAAGUUGUUAACAGCUUGUUCCAAACUUGUUGACAAAUUCACACUUGCUCGACCGCGAUGGGAAUCGAACUCGUGACCUUACUAGGUCAAGUCGGUUCGAGUUGGUGACUCUCUCCUCCGCAGAGGCUUUAGUUUUCUUAGGAUUUAAUAUCACGAUGAGAUACAUUUCACUACACUUUACAUGGCGGAUCUUGGAACACGAGCGUAGCCGCUGGGCGAAGGAGCGCAGGCGGCAAAGGAGAGUUAGUGAUAUUUCAGAACUCAGUCUAGAGUUUCUUCGAUAUCUGUCUAUGUCUAACGUCUGGUUGUCGUGGUGUUGAAUUCGGAUUUUUAUUAUUUUUGUUGAUGUUUAUCUGAAUGUUUCCACGCUGGGCAAAAUUGCUUUACGGAUGUGGGAAUCGAACCUGCGACCACACUAGGUCAGGUCGGUUCGAGUGGGUAAUAUUUCUGUGGGGGAAAAUGAUGAUAACUCCUAAACCAUAGUGUAAAUGUGUUUUUAUUUUAGGAUGUGAUGUUGGAUGAUGACACACUUUUGAACAAACCAAAACUCACUGAUCCUGACAAUAAUAUCCAAGGCCCACUCACUUCCUUACAUUUAGCCGCCGUCCUAGCCACCUGGUGAGUCCCACUGACCUUUUAACCAUGUGUUACAAUCUUGGCCAAAGUUAACAAAACGACUACCGACUUUUGCUCGGUUUGUAUAAUUAUAUCAACUGCAUGCGUGUCAUGUAUUUUUACAGUUUUUACAAGCUGAAAUCUCAAGCACAUCAUGAACUGUUGGAUGAGGAAAUUCUUGCUAAUGUGACGGUAUGAUACAAGAAUUUGAGGAGUAAUUGCUGCAUGCGCUGCAGUGUAGUGAGUAUUGCCCGUGGUUUAUAUGACUAUAUAUAUGGAUUACCUGGAAAGCUGCCGAAGAGCCUUCGCUAUAUAUUCAGCUAAUUAAAAAAAGCUUGUCCUUUGAAAACCCUCAAACCUUAAACUGUAAGUGUGCAAAGCAUAAUGGGAGCUGCAUUUAAUCAUUUUAGAAAUCAUAUAUGGGGUCCAUUUCGUACAGACAUGGUAAAUAUCUCCUUACGAGAACAAUUCAUUCACAAGUAUAGUAGCUGCCAAUAUUUAACUACUAAGCUUGAAACUUGUGCUCCCAUUAAGCUUAGAGUUUAAGGUUUAAGGUUUAGAGUUUAAGGUCUUUCAAAGGACAACCUUUUUUGAAUUUGCUGUAUACCUUUUUGUUGGUAGUUCUGACAGAAACCACGGCAGCUUAUUGCAGAACAAUACCUACACUGGACCUCAACGUUUGAGAUAUCGUUUUCAGGUAGUUAAGACACAAACCACGGCAGCUACAGUAAUUGUAGAAUACUAGUGAGCUUAACCAAGUGACGUUUUUGUCAACGCGGACGUCACCUGAAAAUUGGUAUAACUAAUUUUGGCGGCAUUUUGCAUCAUAGCGUGGUAAAUCUUCUUGGGUGUUGACGAUUGCCACAAACAGAUACAAACACAGUUUUGAAUCCAAUUCCCCCUCAGCAAUCUGACGUCCGUGUUGACAAAAAGUCGCUUUCUUAAUUAAGCUCCCUAUAUUAUCUACAGUGCACUAGAACUUCGCGUUUGAGAUAUCAUGUUCAGGUAGUUCAGACAGAAAAACCACGAUGCACAACCGAAUGCCGAACUUUUGCCGUUUCAUGUUCUUGAGUUAUACAGCACAUGUUUGCAGUAAAGCCAUUCUGAAACGGGCCUUGUUUCACUCCACGUGUAGUUAAUUCUAUCACAGCCGAAAGUUUGGAGCGUGCAAUCUCUUGCUUUGUUGUUACGAAGUAAAUAUGAAAAGAAAUCAUCUCGAAGGAAAGAACGCAGUAUGAUGCAAAUUCAGGUAAUGACGUAAUUAUCCAUUUUAACGAUCCAGAUAUACAAAUUUAUCAAAUCGUAAAUGGUACAGAAUUUUUCAUUUUUCUCUAAAGAUAUAUAAUUUAGUUUAGUUUAGUUUAAUAGAUUUACUGUACCACAGAUUACAUACGAAACAUAUUACAGACAGUAGUUACAUGUACAGUUUCUGGCAGGGAAUGAAAACAGGACAAAAGUCCCAAUUGACAUUCAAUCCCUUAUAUACAGUAGCACAUUUCUUCGAAAGAUAUAUAGCAUACUUCUUAAGUUAUGAUUUCUCUCUGUUUUAGCAACUAGUUGAUCAGUAUACUGAUUCGAAGGCAAAGGUUAGUUGUUUUGUCAUUUAAAUAUCUUGGAUUUGCUUGUCAAAAUUUGUCUAAGUAAAAAUUUUUUAUCAAAUAUAUACAAUUCGUAAUAGAUAGGUAUACAGUAAUAGUUUUCUGAGUAGCUAUGGCACACAGGUCAUGCUAUGCAAAUUUUUAAUCAUUUGCAUUCAAACCUUCAGAAAUGUAUUGUUUUUAACGUAUUUAGAUGCAGGUUUAUUAGCAUAGCAUGACCAGUUGCCAUGGCUAGCUUUGCUUAAAUUUCUAGCUAAAAGGAUAUACUGUACGUGACUGGCAGUAAAUUUGUUUUGUGAUUAAUUAUAUAUAGUUGAAGGGUAUUGUAGAUGGAAAUUAUAGAGUGGAAAUAAAAAAUACAUUUAUUAGACCUAAUCGGGAACAGAAGCGAAAAAUGCAACUUUAGGUCCCUGACAGGAAUCCAACCUGUGGCCCUGCGCAGGACCGCAGCCCACAGGUUCGAUUUCUACCAGGGACCUAAAGUUGCAUUUUUCGCUUCUGUUCCUCGUUAGGGUCUAAUAAAUGAAUAUAAAUUUCCACUCGAUAAUCCCUUCAACUGUAAUAAUAUUCAAUCGAGUGAGAUACUAACAAAAUCUUGAUAUUAAUGAACUCUUUUUGGAUCUUUAGUUAUCACAGAGACUAGAAUUGUUUUACAGUGUUUUAUUUCCUGCCAGAUGGGAAGUGCAGGUUUGUUACUGAACUGAACCAAACCAUUUAAUAUACUAGAUACUGUAUUUCUAUCGGUUCUAAACUGUUCUCCCACAGGUGCAGUUUACAAGUCAAUUUCAUGUAAUCUUUAUUAGCGAGAGCUGGCAAGUCUUUAUAUCGAACUUGGUGUUACAAAAAGUGCCCUGGAUGUUUACGAAAGACUACAUUUGUGGGAAGACGUUAUCAAGUGUUAUAUAUCUUUAGGAAGAUUUGAAAAGGUAAACAUAUAGACAGGCUCAGAAAUAAAUGGUGGGUCCCGUUCUGAUUGUAUUCAAAACGCAUCAGGGCUGCAUCUGUGACAUAAUUUUGAAACGCACUUACAUGUAGGACGAAUUGUAUUGCAAAUCUUACCCGGGACACGCUGGGAACGACAGACGGAACGCAAGUGUAACCCAAUUACGAAACGCGUCCCAACACAUGUUUGCAAUUACAGUACUGUAGGUAAUAUUCUUAGCAGUACCAUACUGUAUCUAAGAUUAUGACGAAGUUAUAUGAUUUGAAUCCCAAUGAAUUAAACUGCCCAUGUGUUCAUAUGAAUCUAUGUUGCUGUGUAUUUCAAGGCAGAAUCUGUGGUGAGAACCCAGCUGAGCAUCAACGAAACUCCAAAACUUUGGUGUCUACUUGGUGAUGUCACUAAAGUAAGUUUGAAUUCUGUUUGAAUUUCUAAUCAGCAUGAAUAGGCCGUAGAUUAUGUCAAUAUACCUACUAAUCUAAUGCAUUUUUAUAUGUAGCUAUUCCUACCCAAUUCGUAUUUUCAGAUAAUUCCGAUACUGUACCUAGUUACCAUGCACUGUCCUCAUAAAGGUGACCAAGCAUUUAGAUUAAGACACACAGAAGGUCGACUCAGCCAAAAAAACGUAACCGCUGCCACGUCAUGGUUCGUCAUCAAAAUGCUGACGCCAUGGCCCUUAGCCAUUAUCAGGGGGUGAAUGCCUCUCAUAAGCGCACUAGCUAGGACCGUGGUGACGAAUUAAAAAGGGGAAAGCCCUGGGAACGAGGUUGGACGAAUUACGGUUACGCCAAAAUCAUAGGAAAAACCAAGAAGUCGGGCUUCUGUAUAGUUUCUAUUCUGUGCCAUUGGGUAGCAACAAUCUAAUCAGGUGCUUCUUUGUUUUAAGUCGCAUUAUUUUUUGGACAUCUGUUGAGUAACAACUUGCUUUAUCUAUUUCUAGGAUGAGGUGCAUUACAGGAAAGCUUGGGAUAUAUCAGGGCAUCGUAGUGCGAGAGCACAAAGAUCUUUGGGAUACUUAUACUUACGGGAUAAGAAGGUACUGUACAGUAAUAUAUAUGUUAUUGCAAUUAUUCAUAAAUGGCUGUAAACCUACAUUUAUAAUCCUAAAAAUCCCAAUAAAUUGCUGCACAUUUAAACACAUCGAAUUCCGUGAAUUUAUUUUUCCCCAUUAUAUUUUAGUUUGAAGAAAGUAUUCCGUGUUUUCAGAAAUCACUAGAAAUAAACUCGCUACAGGUAUGUAGGCAAAAACUACUACUGUAGCCUUUCUUUCAUGCCUGCCAGGCUGCAUCCUCAUCUAAAUAUUUUUAUACUGCUGCAGGGACCGGUUGUUCAAAGCUGGAUUAGAGCUAGUCCUGGGUUAAAAUGUAACCCGUUGUUUUGGUUUAUGUAUUUCUGCACGUCUGUUUAUUUCAAAACCUCAGGAAAGUCAACGUCUAAUCGACCCAGCCAAGAUUUCUGAAGAAACGUUUCUAAAUUUAUAAACAAGCUGUUGGGAAGUUUGCUUAGAAGUUUAUAGGUUAACCUAGGGUUAAAAUCGGCUUUCGAGCAACCGGCCCCUGUAUUUUAUAUCUUAACACCGUUUGUUUUACUACUUAGCAUUUGGUUAUACGAAUAAGUUUAAAAUCUAUUUUGGUAUAUUAUACCACCGCUGGUUAGAAAAGCGGUGUUUUUACAAUCUACGAUUAUAUACUAUUGAGUGUGCAUGGUGAUUCGAUUAUGUCAAACUCGUUAUCGAGUAUUUAUCUUUUGUUAGAAAAUGUUAUAACUAAAACAUAUGUAGGGCUUAUGUAACUUAUGUAAUUGUGCAAAUGUUUUCUUUAUAUGUAUAAUGCGUCAUCGGGAUGCGAAUGAAAAAGUUAAAAACAGGUUUUCGAAGUAUUCUUUUUUCUCAGGAAAAUGUUUGGUUUUCUCUUGGUUGUGCUGCUAUGUUGACAGCAAAACUGGAAGUGGCUGCAAAAGCUUUUCAUUGGUGUGUCUCAAUGAACCCGGAUGUAAGUUUUACUGUAAUUGAUUUGUCUUUAAUAUCUUUCUCGUAACUUUAAUAAGAUGUUUUCAUCACUGUUAUUCAUCUACAACUAUUUUAGAAUUCCGAAGCUUGGAAUAAUUUAUCGUCGGUAUAUAUUAAAAUGAAAAAAAAGUUAGUACAGUAUCUGUAGUAAUGGACAUUUUGAGUACGUUUGCGUACUUAGGCUAGUUCCACUUUCACCUUAAAACUAACAUUUUAUGUUGGUAGAGAUCGAGCAUUUCGGACACUUCAAGAAGCAUUGAGAUCUAAUUAUGAUAACUGGCGUAUGUGGGAAAAUUUUCUAGUGGUGAGUGCACUAUGUUGUAAAACAGAAACUAUAUAGAGACGAUAUUAUGAUCGAAAAAAUACAAAAAAAUCCUUUCGAUCUGACUUCAUUCCAGUUUCACGUAGCCUCGUCCCCAGGGUCUCUCGGUCCCGCUGUCAUAUGUAGAUCUUGGGAUACUUCAGUAGUUUCAAGUGUAUAUGCUUGUGAAUUGAUCGCGCUAUUUUAACUCUGGGACGACAAGCAGAAGUAUUAUGAAGAAACGCAAUAUUUGUUUUGACAUAUUUUGACAGAAUAAUGUUCUCUGAGAAGCCAAUCAGAUCUCCCAUUUCGAUCGUUUAAUUCCAGGGCCUAAUUUUCAGCCAGUGAUCGAGUGGUCACGAGAGCAAGCUGAUGUAAACGGGGGCCUAGGUUAAUUUGUGAUACGAUUUUUCAGGUGAGCACGGAUGUAGGAGCUUUUGAACAGAUUAUUCAAGCCUUUCACCGCCUGAUGGAUCUCAAGGAGAAAUACCUAGAUGUUGAGGUUUGUAUGUCUGUAUGCUAUAGACGGAUGAGAUCGAACUUUCCAAUCUUACUUUCCAAUUACUAAAAAUAAAAUUGUUGGAGAUAACAGUUAGUUAGUGUAUGCUUAUGCAUUGGAUUAUAUUGUUUUCAGAUUCUUGGGAUACUUGUUCACUCUGUAAUCAGCGGUAAAGAAGACAAUAAAGGUUUACCAGGUAAAUAAUACUCGGCCAGUAUUUUUCAAUAACAUUUAUUCCAGAAAAUAGCUAAGAGAGACAAACUGCUCAAUUGGUCAUCCGGAAAAUCGUAGCUGUUUUUAUUAUCGGGUGAAAGAAAUUUCUGAUCGUGAAUUUGCAUUAAAUUCGAAACACUGUAAGAACUUCUACCCAACUGGUGCAUGCAACAAAAAUGGCGUUAUAUAUAUGCAUAUUAAAUAAAACAUAGGGAAUAAUGAUAUAUUUUCUUGUUAUUCUAUUUAAGCAUCAAGGUUAAAAACAAUUGUGAAAGAACUCAUGGGAAGAAUUACCUCGCAGGUACUGUUGACCAUUGCGGGGGAAACCUGCAGUGUUUCGUGGAUUCAAAAUGCAAGCACUCUUCUCACAUGUGACUGAGGUGAAAUUUAUGUUUAGAUCAUUGGAUCAGACAAAUGCAUAUUCCGGCGGCAGAAUUAGGUGACUCAUUCCAUAACUACUAUACUUCUGUACCAACACCUCCAAACAUCUUUCUUAUGUAGAUUACAGGGAAUGCUGAAGUUUGGAAACUUUACUCAGACUUUUACAAAGAUGGUCAGUCAGAAGAGGAGAAAGAUAAGGUUGUUUUAUUGAUGAUAUUCUUUGAACGAUAUUCUUUGUGCAGUUUACAAUAUUACAAUUAGGUUUUUUGAUGGUUUUUUUACAAUGUUUCGUACAGUUUUUGCAGUUCCUAGUGAAAGCUAAUGGAGUGAAUAUACAGAGUCCAGGUUGGGAGAAAAGUCAGGAAAAGAUCGAAAAUGUGGUUAAAAUUACCAUAGAAUUGGCACAAGGUUUGAAAAGUUCACAUUGUUUACUAAUUCUGCACUAGGUGGUAAAAUGUGCACUUUUUUCAUAUCUUAAGGGGUAUAGUUACCAUAUUUUUAAAUUUCCAGCCUAUCUCGACAAUGCCCAAAGGCAGGAGCAAACGACACGUGCUAUACAGCUUUUAUCUUCUUCAAAGUUAAACCUAAGAGGUCUAAUUACUAAACUAAAAGUAAGUGUAUUAAUCAUAAAAAAUUGUUUUGCUCCAUUUUACUUGAGUUUAUACAACCAUACACCCAAGUUAUCCUUAGGCUGUCUCGUAUAACCAGGACCGAACAGCGUAUCUACAGCGUAUUCAACAAUUCUUUCACGCGUGGAACUCAACAUUUUAACUUUCUUUAUAUUUACUUUCCUUUUCAGAAAAAUGCUGAUUGCCAAAUAACAGAGGAGAUGGACAAAUGUUUUAGUGAAUCGUUAUCAAAACUCGAAGCAGAGCUCGUGAGAACUGUAAAUGCGAUAGAUAUUUUAAAAUCUGGAUCCACACCGUAGCCUAAAGAGAUGGGUGCAUUGUAAACCCAGUUGGCCGCCGUCUAAGUCAUCGCUUAAACCUGAAUAAUGCAAGGUUGUGCAUGAUUUUGUGUAUGAUGCAGCCACGUACUUCAUGCAUGUAAGGUGUAAGGGAAAAAGCUUCUGCGGAGGAGAGCAACUACCUAAAGGCGGUUUUCCACUAGGCGAAAUUUUUCGACCGAAUCGAAGUUUCUCUUUGUUUCAUGAGCUCUCGAGCAGAACUAAUUGUAAAAAGACAAAGAGAAAUUUCGUUUCGGUCGAAAAAUUCCGCCUCGUGGAAUCAGGCCUUAAAGAAUGGAGCAAAGUUCAACAUUUCGAACUGGAGUUUGUAGUGAAGGGUUUGGUUUUUCGUUAGCAUUCCCUCCUGUUUAUCAUUAUAGCAGGAGAGAUUAGAAAACCAAGUAUAAUCUUCCUCAAGACAUUGAGUGAGAUUAGAAAACAAAGCUUGUUCGUUCCUUGUGCAUGUGUAAUGAGGAAAAUACGGGAUUAAAUUUCCUUGGAGAAAAAAGAAUCCGAAGUGCAUCAGCACGAUAUUAUCAUGCAGCCUAUUCACCAGUCAUCUUGUAUCUGUUGAUUCAAGCCAUCAACUUACAGUACGCAUUGUAUAACAACUUACAUUUAAUAUCCAUUCCCCAUAUAUAUACAAUUCAAAAUUAAUUAAUUUUUGGAUUACUAUAGAAUUCGAUAUAUUUAUAUAUAAAACCUCAUUAGUUCAUGUCUACUUCGUGUGUUUUGUAACAAAGCGAUCCAUUGGUUUCCGUUUAACUGUUCUAUUAGUAUUUUUAGAGGAUUCCCUUUUUCGUUUCUUCGAUGAUUGCUUCGCUUUAUUAGUUUGUUGCCCAGAAUCAUAUUUUAAGACACCUGGGACAGCUUGCUUGCUUAGACACGUGUCAACAUGCCGGUUCAUUUGCAGAAGUGCAUUACCAGAUCUGAAAGUCAAAUCUCUUCCACAAACUGGACAAUUGAAAGUGGUCGGUUCCUCUCUGGAAACGGCCUGGUUGGAAGAUCUUUCCGUCUUGGCGUUCCCGUGGAAAUUAUGGCACCCGAGCUGGUCGGAUGGUACGUGGUCAUUCGUGUACUCUUUGGACGUGCUUGGGUGAUCAUCUAAUACCGUCAAAUCGCUACAAAUCUCUGAAUGUCGAACUUCAUCUUCCCUGCUCAUGGACCCAUGUUCCAGGCUAACCUCCUGCUCAGGACCACAUGCUUUCGAUGAUUCUGCAGCCUGGGAUGCAUUCAGGCUUAUUGAACGUUCUCGUACACUCCCAUUUUUCUUCAUUAAACUUAUAAUAGUCGGCUGUUUACUUUCAUUGACCAUUCCCUUUUCGCACAAUUCUGCUGCUCUGACACCCAUUAGUCUUAAACGCAACGGUUCUGGACUAGACGAUCGGAUCUCGUUGACAAGUAAUUUCUUGGCGUGAGAAAAUAGCUCCUCGGUUUGUUGAACAGGAAACGAUGCCGUAACCACUCUUGUUUUAACUUCGAAGUUAAUUGUUUUCAGCUUGAUGCCGAUUUUCCGUGCCGUUAAACGGUGCGCCUUCAGACUUUCGGAUAGCUCUUGGCAGAGUUCGUGGCAUUUUGCCAAAUGUUCCUCGGGCUUGUUUAUUUCUUUAAAAGUUGUCUCGGUACUCAUACUCUUUCUUUCUCGAUCGACGUCGACGACAGUUGAACCAAGACCUAAAGAGAUUUCUAAAUAGUUCGUGCAGGCAUUGGGGGUGAACAACAAUUGCAUCAAAUGUCGUCGGUCAUAUAAUUCGGAGCAGGUGUUGGCCUUUAAAACGGAGGUCAGGAUUUGUUCGCUAACCCGACCAAUCCCGAACGCUUUUCGUAGCGGCAGCUCACGAACGAAAUCCAUGAUUUUGUCUCUCUCGGGUUUGAGGUAAAACUGACCAUUAGGUUUGUUUUUGUCCGAACAAACUUUUGCCAGAAACAUGUUUGGUGCAAUCCCUGCACUGGCGGUAAGUUGUGUUUUUACUUCUAUUUUUCUUCGCAUUUCUUUUACAACCUCCUCAACUUUGUUGUAAAACAUCUCUUGUUCGGCUACUGCAGGUUCUUCGUGUAGGAAGCUAGUGUCAUUUUCACUCGAACCAUGGCCAAAAUCCCAAUCACUUUCCCCUUGAGCUUCAGAUUGCCCAACCGUGAUCAUGCCUUCACCUUUUUGUUGGUUGAAAGAAUUUUCGUCAAGUUCAUGUUUGGCAGUCUCUGCUUUCAAUGGGAUUGGCUCUAGUUCUAUAUCACCUUUUGUCUCUUGAGCUUCCGUUCUAUUAGGCCUGUGUGUUCCUUCAGAAUCCUUUUCAUUCUGUUUGUAUUUUGUCACAUCGUCAUCAAAGGCCCUUUCUACUUUCACCUGUUUUGUAACUUCAAAAUCAUGAUUGGGCAAUGCUUCAAUCUUGCUUGUUUCUUGUUUAACUUCCACUAACUUUGUUUCUUGUUUAACUCGCACUAUAAACUUUGCAUCUUUUGCAUUUUCGGUUUUUGUCUUGUCAUUCUCUUUUGUCUCAGCACAAACGUUUUCUUGUGUAUCAGUGCUUUCAAAUUUCACCCCGGCAAUCUUCCCUGUGUCAUGUUUCCCUUCAAUAUCUUUCGAUUCUUCCUCCUUAACUUCACCCAUUCUCUUAUUUUGUCCUUCAUUGCCCCUCAAAUAAUCCGUUAUAUCCAGAUACGCUUCAUCGAGACUCAUGGGUAAGAAAUUCCGAUCAUACUCGGCCAGCACUUCUCGAAUUUCAUGACUAAUUUUAGUGUACUUGUCAAAAUUUGUGCGCACUAUCGUCAAAUUCGGGCAAAGUUUCUUAGCAAUGAACCCAGGCAUACCAGCGCGGACACCAUAACGCCGUGCUAAAUAGUUAGAAGUACACAACAUUGCACUACCCCCCACUGCCAUUGGUUUUGACUUCAAACUCGGAUCGUCACGCAUUUCAACCGCUGCGUAAUACGCGUCCAUAUCAACAUGGACAAUAGUACGUGACAAAUCUCGUCCUUGCUCUAACUCUUGGACAAUUUUAUCCGCAGCUUGUUUUGCUUUAACUUUCUGUUCAUUGGUGAACGACGCCAUUUUCCUUUGCAAUUCUUCUAUUCGUUUUUGAACUUGUUUUUCUCUUUUCUUUUCGUUUUCAUAAAAUUUCGAUCCUUUGCUUGCUUCGAGGAUAAUUUGAUUGAUUUUGUCCUUGUCUAAACCGUCCAUUCCGGCCUUAGUCGUGUUCAAAUCCAUACGCGAUACUUUUCGCUCAUUUGAAUUAUUUUCUGCGACAAUUGUCAUAGCUUUUCCCAAAUUUACAACCUCUUUGUUAGUGUCAGCACUAAGAGGGGUAGUACUGGAAUUUAUAUACGUAGAAAUAUCAUCAUUUUCAUCAAACUUCCAAUCAUUUUCAAAGUUUUCCUCGUCCGAUAAAAAAUCGAACUCCUCGUUGGACGCCAUCUUGAUUUUUCCCGUUGUUUCGAAAACUCACGAUAGUUCACGAUUAUAUCCGAUUUCUCGCCGAAUGCCCUCGUGGUCUUUCUUUUCCUCCAAAACAUUUCGGAAUUGAAUUUCAAGUGUUCUUCGGCACGAUUCUUCGUUUGCAGGGUACUGUAUAAACUUGUUGCUUACAAAUGUGAUCAUUCAUAAAUCAUAACUGCUGAUGAGGUAAAAAUUUUUUUUAAAUAUUCUUGUGGUUGUCCUGGGAUAGCCUAUCCGUAUCCGAUCCCGGAUGGGUUAGACUCAUGUAAACUUGUUUAUAUAUUUUUCAUGAACCAUUCUAAAUCUCUUCAUGGGCAUAUUUUGUUUGUGUAUUUUGGUA